GAGCCUUUUGGUUUUUGGGCUAUCGAACGCGGAGACAAUGAACUCCGAAAUGGCGUCCCACUCAGUUUCCGCGCACUUUGCUCUCCCCUGUUCUGGUACCGGUAGAUCGGGGAUUCAAGGAAUCUCACAAUUAUUUGAACAGAGGGAAGCACGAAGUUGUAAGGGAAGAAAAGGCAACCAAGAUGGCUUCGGAAAAAGAAUCGCGAGAGCGCGAAAACCGCCCACUCUGAAAGAGAUGUCGGGGCUCCCACAGACAGUGAUGCCAAUGCUCCAACAGACAGCGAGGCCGUUGAUGUUCAAACUCAACAGACAGUAGUGGACUCAAAGUUCAUUGAAAAUGACGUUCGUUUGCUACAUCGUGAUGUUGCGACCAGCAGGACUGCUCCAGACAGCUCUGUUGUGGACUCCAAACAUGCUAAAAAUGUCCAAGCAGUAGACACAAAGUUCAUUGAAAGAGAAGUAGCCCUGAUAACAAAUGCCAGGAUGAUGACCAGCAAUUUCGGAAAGAGUGAUCGUGCUGAUCCUCAUGAGCUUGAAGCCAACAGAUACAUUGGUACUGCAGGGCAGAACUUCCAAGAUAUUUUGGUGGAUGUCAGAAGAGCCGCAAUGUCGAAUGGAGGGAAUUUGUACAACAACGCAGAAACGACAGCUGGACGAGACAGUCAGCCUCUCUCACAACCAGGCAUCGGCACAGUUGCAAACAGUGCGCUUGGACCUGGUGCCCAUCCUGUUGGUGCACCAGGAUCGGCAGCACCCAUAUCACGUCUGGAAGAAGACAUCGUGAGGCAAGAUGUGCAGGCACCUUGGGACAUUGAUGGAUCAGUUCAGUUUACGACUGAGAAUUUCUCGUCCCUGGAGUUCAAUAAUGGGCUUGUUCAAGCACGUCGCGUCUCAAGUGAAUUUCUUACUGGAGAGAAUGAUUUGCCCCGAGCAGAGAUGGUUGAUACCCAAGUUGACCUUCAAGAAAGAGAGAGGAAAAAGCAUUUUUUGUACAUGGCUUUGCCAUUCAGCCUCUGUGUUUUGCUUCUUGCGGUUGUUGCUAUUGUUCUUCUGCUUUUAGAAAAUGACUCAUCUAGUGCUGUGCCAGGCUUCCAAGAUGACAAGCAUAGCAAUUUUGAAUCUGGAAACUUCUCUUCAGAUGCUGCUUGGAGCUGGGACCUGCCAUUCUCAAUCCCAAAUUCGACUUUGCAUGCCUUGGUACAGGAUCCCUUUGGAAAUGUUACUCCACAAUCCCAAGCUUACGAAUGGAUGAUCAGAGACCCAUAUCUGAAUAACUAUCCUAAGCAACGGCUGCGCCAGCGCUUUGCAAUGGCAGUACUCUACUAUGCAACUAUGGGAGAAGAAUGGUCCCAUCAGGGUGGAGGUGUCGUGACCAUUCUGACCGAUUCCCCUGACAUUUUAGGUGGAAGCAAUAGGAAUAAUGGACAAGGUGGAGGCAACAAUGGUGGGCAUGGUGAGAGCAACAGGAGAGGCCAAGGUGGACACCGUAGUCUUGGACCAGGUUGGAGCAGAAUGUUACACGGAGGGACAGCUGUUCCAUGCCAAGCAAACAGGGGGCUUCAGCAAGGCGCUAAUGGCAGCAGAGGAGAGCAGACAGCCCAAGCUAAACCUGGCAGCAUGGGAGAGCUAAACAUUACGUCCGAGCCAUGGUUGUCCUCCGUUUCAGAGUGCAACUGGUAUUCUACAGCUGCCACGAGAAGAUCUGGGGUGUGCAAUCAAAAUGGCACCCUGGUAUUUCUGGGGAUCAUGCAGAACAACCUGCAGGGCACACUGCCUUUAGAGGUUGGGUUGCUUUCAUCUUUGGAGGUUCUGGAGCUGGCGCGCAACUCCAUUCGUGGUACAAUCCCAACGGGGAUCUUUGCUUUGUCAAAUCUUCGGCAGCUGACUUUGCAUCAAAAUCAGCUUACAGGAACGCUUCCACGAGAGGUUGGUCUCCUUUCAAACACACUCACUUGGGUUACCCUGCUCAGCAAUGAACUCACAGGGACAGUACCCCAAGAACUCUACAUGCUAUCCAAGCUAACACAGCUCCAGCUUGGUGACACCCGUCUCAUCGGGCCAAUUCCAAGCAAUAUUGGUUUCCGCUUUCCCCAGCUCAAGGUUCUACAGCUCAACAGGAGUCCCUUCCGUGGAUCAUUGCCAUCUACUAUAGGCCUCAUGACAGCACUGACUCAACUUGGCCUCCAUGAAACUAGAUUGUCUGCAACUUUGCCCACAGAGCUUGGUGGGUGCACAAGACUCAAACAGCUGUUGGGAAAGAAGAACAACAUUUCGGGUACUUUGCCCUCAGAGUUGGGGCUGUUGACGCGCAUGCAGACAAUCAAUCUGGAGGGAAACCCUGGUUUAAAUGGAUGCAUCCCCAAAGCACUUGGAGCCAUCAACAACACACUUCUGGCCUUUAAGAUCAGUGGUACCGCAAUGACAGGAACUGUUCCACACGAACUUGUGGCGUGAGACAUCUAAGCUUCGAUUGCUCUGAAUUCUUGUGCGGCUGUGAUUGCCCUUGCACGUGAAGGUAGCAUUUCGAGCUUAAGGUAUAAGUGUUGAUCAUCUCGUACCUGAGCCACAGUCGUCGCCUACUCUGCAUGGAACAUCUGCGAGCCGCCCCUGGAGCCUCGAGCGAUCUCUUGUCUACUACCGGCACUGCAGUAAAAUAGAGCUAUCGCUGCCCCCAUGGGUAAUUUGUGCUUGCAUUUUGCUUCUCAUCAGUGACAGCCUUUGCAGCACGAACCAUCCACCUUGUCGCAGUCAACCUUCAAAAACGGCGGGCUCAGCUCGCAGAUUGCCAAAAGGCAUCGAACCCGUCAUUUCGUUUGAAUCAAACUAUCAAGUUCGUAAGCAUCUUGGGAUGACAAUGUCUGAGAACGUUGCUACCGAGAGCCUCGACACUGUCAAGCUGUUAGUACUGAUAUCCCCAGCUCUGUCGGAAUGGCGCCACUUUCUGAGAUAUCGUUUCCCAUGCAGGUUGAGGACUUGCAUGUUUGGAUGCCUUGCAAUCUGCGACAUGGUCACGCCAUGAAAAUUGUAUUCUCCAAGGUAUAUCCCGCGCAGGUUUGUCAAUUGCAUGAUGAAUUGUGGUAUGGAUCUGGUCAAGUGCGUCUUCUCUAGACUCAGAUGCUCAAAUUUCUUCUUCAAGUUGCUAAAUCAAGGGAUGAGGAAUACUGUCAUCGCCCAAGGAGUACUAAACGUUGCUGCCUUCUCCAUUCCGGCAUGGAUGUCAACGCUGGAACAUUUGGUAUAGAUCCAUUCGUAGGACUGGGUUUGUGGCGAUCUUGGAUGCGACUUGUCGUUCAUGGGCCGAACGUCGAACGGUAACGUCUGGAAGCUGCAAAAAAUCCACCAAAUUGGGUGUUCGGAAGCUGGCGUUGGGCUGAGCUCUUGUUGAGGGUCGACCUGAACUCGUUUGACGCGUGCUGGGCAUUUGACUUUCGGCAUUGCGUAUUCGGUGCUUUGGCAGGCACUGGAAUAGUGGUCGGGUCCUCCGUGUAUGAUACCGGUACCGCCACUGGGUGGAGGCUGGGAAUAGCAUGUUCUCUCUGCUGAGGACUGAGGAAGAUGGUCCCCUCAAUGACAAGAGGAUCAGAGGAAUGCUCACUGCUAUCCACCAAGGAGACGGUGGCCAUGACGGUGAGGGAGCAGAGAACCUCAAUCCCAAAACAGACGAUCGAUCUCAAGGUUCGUUUUAAUUUCGUGUCUACAACCAAGAGGCCAGUCUCGACCACUCGGAAGUCCAUCUCGGAUCCACCAUAAUAACGACAGGAACAUCCUCUUCGUUAACCACCUUCACUUGAACAACAGCCGUCUCGUCUUCUUCUCUGCAAUCCACGACCACACCGUAUCAAUUACGGCGAAGAGGUAUUAACUGCACACCGCCCGAAUGAUUUCCGUCGUCCCGAUCGUCCGCUGCAGUAUUGUACAGGAACAGGAACACUGUUGUAGCUGCCUUGCUUGGAUGACAUGUUGAAAUGAUUCACGGGUAAGGAAGGAGAGCCUUUGUGCCCGACCGUCUUCAGCAGGAUAAUCAUUCUGGAAAUCAGGGAAGAAGAACCGAGCGCUGACAAGCGGCGCUCGCCUAGAGCAGCACAGCACGACU